AGUCGCUCAGGAUCCUCUCGUGAGUGUGUCUGACAGAUUGUUCAGCUUGUAAUGGUAGUAACAUUGUGUGUUGUUUUUAUACUCUCAGCUUGUGUUCACAGCUGUGAUGGGAACCUGCGCUUUGCCUCCUACUAUGGAGACCACAUGGUGUUGCAGAAGUCUCCAGAGAGAGCUGUGCUGUGGGGCUAUGGACCUGAGGGGGCUCAGGUCACCGUCUCCUUGUCAGGACCAAUAAAACAGAAACCCUUAGUGGUCACUGUGACAAAAGGUAUCUGGCGAGUCACCCUUGACCCUGUUGAGGCCGGUGGUCCCUACAUUGUGAUAGCAGCUGUUCAGAACGGCACAGCCGUUCUAACAGAUGUGCUGUUUGGAGAUGUUUGGCUGUGUGGAGGACAGAGCAACAUGUACUUUAAAACAUCUCAGAUUUUCAAUGCAUCACAGGAGCUGGCCCUUGCAGCAAAGUAUCCUCAUGUCAGGCCCUUUAUGGCAGCUUUGAGGCUGAGUGAAACUGAGCUGAUUGAUUUGAUUCAAGUGGAGCUUCCCUGGUCUGUGCCCACAGCAAGACGCGUGGCGGAGUUCUCUGCAGUGUGCUGGCUCUUUGGACGUUACAUGUAUGAGACCCUGAAGUACCCCAUAGGACUGGUGGAGUCCUGUUGGGGAGGCACGCCUGUCGAAGCUUGGUCAUCUUCAAGAGCACUGCAGCAGUGCGAACUAGAUCAAACUAAAGAUGGCCCCAACAACAAUUCUGUCUUGUGGAAUGCAAUGAUCCACCCAUUGCUCAACAUGACCAUCAAAGGAGCCAUCUGGUACCAAGGUGAGGCAAAUACAGACUAUCAUCAAGAGAAGUACAACUGCUCCUUCCCUGUUAUGAUUGAUGACUGGAGGAUGGCGUUUCACCAGGGCUCUGGGGGGAAGACCGCGCAUGACUUCCCCUUUGGAUUUGUCCAGCUGUCCACCUACCAAAAAGGCUCCACAGAUUACGGCUUCCCAAACAUUCGCUGGCACCAGACAGCAGACACCGGCUUUGUCCCAAACCCACGGAUGAAGAAAACCUUCAUGGCUGUGGCUAUGGAUUUACCAGAUGAAACCUCGCCCUAUGGCAGUAUCCAUCCCAGAGACAAGCAAGAUGUAGCCUACAGACUGACUUUGGGAGCAAGGGCAAUAGCUUACAAUGAGAAGGACGUGCUCUUCCUUGGACCUUUCCCCAAACAAAUCCUGUCCACUUAUAAAUAUGUCAACAUCACCUACGACCAGACGGUCUCUGUCACACCGUCCAAAGACAUCUUUGAGAUCUGUUGCUCGGGUACAAAGGCUCCAUGUGAGUCCAAGUCUCCUUGGGUCCCAGUUCCCAUCAUGCAAUGGGGUGUGACCACUGUCCUGUUACCCAAUUUGUGUGGCGGUGAAGCGGCUGCCCUCCGAUAUGCAUGGACAAACUGGCCCUGCGACUUCAAAGCCUGUCCAAUCUACAGCCGCAGUAGGAUUUUACCUGCACCUCCUUUUAUCAUCUAUGCAGCCAAAGGAAACAUUUGGAAAAGUUACUGAACCAGUAACUGUAAGAAGCAAAGUGAUAAAAAAAAAAGGUGUACUUUUUGUUUCUUUCAUGUCAAAAUGAGCUGAUUGGACAGACAUGAAGCCAGAUCGACCAGACCUUAAGUUCAACAAGGCAAUUCAUGACACUGUGGUGAUGAGCCUUGUAGUUAAUAUUAGUCUGCUUUUCACCGAUAUAAAGGCACUGAUAAAGUAUUAAUUUAGCCAUAAAUUCUUGGAGGGGUGGAUGGGUUAUUUGGUUUGAUUGUAAGAUUGUUUUGAUUAGUUUGGUUAACAAUAACCAAUCAUUCAAUUUAAAAGAUCAGUCUGUCUGCUAAACCACUGAACAUGCUUACUGAACUAACUUACUUAACCCUGGGACAGAUAUAUGGCUAUAUAUAAUUUUGGUUACACUCCUGUAUACACUCUAUGCUGUUACAACCACUGUCAAUAAUUGCUGGACUGUAUGAAUGUAGACAAGUAUGACAAAUGUGUAUUUUUAUUUGAACAAAACUGGAUUUUGAAGUUUACAACACAAAUGUGUCUUUUUGAAUUGAAAAAAAUUUGCACAAAUAAAAGACAAAUCCACAACUAA